AGAAAUGAACAAUUCUGAGGAAAGUGCGUGUAAUGCUGAAGAAAUAACUAAAACUGUGACGAAUAUAAAAGACAAGGACGAUGAAUUAGGGCCAGAACAGCGGUGCAUGACGUUGAGGAACAAGAAACGCUGUAUUUCCCCCGAUUCAUCAGGCAGUGAGGAUGACGAUAAGGAUAGUGACGAGAGAGAUGCUCAUGACAGGAAGAAUAGCAAGAAGACAUUGAGUAAGAAGGUGAAAUCACACGAGGAUGGCCGGAAGAAUCCUUCACUUCCUCUGCUGCAUUGCUACAUUUGCCAGAAAUCCUAUACGAAAGCCUAUCCCCUGUCGAAGCACCUCGAUGAGCACUAUAGUAAUCGAAAGGUGACACACGAAAAUCCGUGUCCUUGUUCGCAAUGUGGAAAAAUAUUUACAACCCAGAAAUUCUUAGAAUGCCACAAAAUUUGCCACAAAGUUGAGAAGCUAUAUGAUUGCAGAGUAUGCAGCAGAAGAUUUUCUACGGCAAAAAUACUGCGUCUCCACCGUGAGUAUCAUGCAAAGGAGAAGAAGUACAAUUGUGAGGUUUGCAGUGAGAGCUUUCGCUUUCAAAAUGCCUUUAUUAUCCACGUGGAGAAACACAUUGAGAGAUUGCCACUGCCUCAGGAACUCCUGGAUCUCCAUGUAAUUCCGGCGAUUGAUGAUAGUUGUCAAGCACCGCCUGGAGUGAAUCAGGAUCUCAUGAAUGGUGGAAUUCUGUACAAGUGCAGUCAGUGUCCACAAAAGUUUGCCACAGUGAAUGAGAGACGCAAUCACCAGAGCCGCGAACAUCCCAAGAUUCACACUUGCGAGUAUUGUGGCAAGGAAUUGAGAAGCUCUUUCAGCUAUCGCCUGCAUCUGGUGUCGCAUACAAAGGAGAAGACAUUCAAGUGCAAAUUGUGCGGUGAAGCAUUCGCCUAUCCGAAUCUCCUGGUGGUCCACAGAAGAGUGGCUCACGGAACUGGAGAUCCGGAGAAGUUGCUACGUCCCUAUCGCUGUGAGCCUUGUGGCAAGGCGUACGUGUUUAAAUACGCCUUAACUGAGCACAUCAACUUUGUGCACAGGGACUUGAAACUGAUAUGUGAUCUGUGUGGGUAUUCUUAUGGGACGAAGGCGCGUCUCAGGCGGCACUUUAAGAGGGUGCAUCUGCGGACGAAGGUGAAUGAGAAGCAGAGAGCGACGUGCGCGAGAAUAGUUGGCAGUAAGGCGGAGAUAGGCAAGGAACGAAAGUGUCCCGAAUGCGACUUUCUGGCCUACAGAAUGGCAGAACUGCGGACGCAUCGUAUUGAGAGUCACUUCAACGGUUUGCACUGUGAUGAAUGUAAUGUCACGAUGAACAGCAUUUUGACCUACCGUCAGCACGCUGAAGAUCACAAGGACGGGAUUUCGGUGGUACCGGGACCUGGGCGACACGGAAAGAUCUUCGGAUGCAUUAGCUGUGAUAAAUUCUACACAGACAGGCGUUUUCUGCGCGAUCACAUAAAUGCCCGACACAAAUCCAUUAUAUUCAAAUGCGAUCACUGCGAUAUGACGUUCCAGACCAAGAGAUAUUUGGUGAGACAUUUAUCUUUGCAUCAUGGCAUCACCAAUAAGGAGCCAAUGCCCAAGAAAGUGGAAGGAAUGAAGAAGAAGGCGCCGAAGAAAAUGAAAAUCAAGAAUAUUCAAUCUCCAGAGAUGCAAUCUUUACCACCUCAUAUUUCUCAUCAGAGUCUUACAUCGUCUGUCCAAGAAUACAAAGUGCUAGCUCAGACUUCAGUGCAGUCAAUUGAAGGACAGCAACAUUUUAAGAGGGAAUCCAAAACUGAGUCCAUAUCUAUUCCGAGUCAGACUCAUAUAGUAUCGAGUAUAGUAUCGCCCGGCCAUGAAAUGCAGCAAUUGAGGAUGCUAACGCCUGUCUCAAUGCAGCCAACAUCGACAGUGUCUCUCGGAGGACAGCAAUAUUUUAAAGGCGAAGCAAAUGAACAAGCACUUCAAUAUGUGCACUUUGGGAACAUUGGUUGA